UGUUCUCCAAAGACCCCGCCGCCUUUCAGAGGGGAGCCAGCGCGCCAACCUCUCCAGCCAGCUCCCCUGCCGGCCCAGAGAGCCCCCCUUCCUCCCGCGCACCCGGCCAGGAGCCUCCCUCCCCGCGCCACCUCCCAGCGGGGGGGCUCCGCGCCUCGCCACCACCGGCGCCGCGCACAGGACGGUCCGGCUGGCCCGAGGAGGGAUGUGGCGAGGGCCAGAGGCGGCGGAAAGGCGGCAGCCGCCGGCGUAGAGCGGCGAGGAGAGCAGGCAGCCCCCGGCAAGACUGGCCGGGCGAAGAGGGGAACCACAGGCGCCCUGGGCACCGGCUGGGCUCCCCCCCUCGCUGCCCCGGCCCCAGCGCCAUGUGACUGACCCGCUCGGUGCAGCCCAGGGCAGAACGUCGGACUCGGUCCCCGGGGCGCUGACCCUCCCGCCCGGGCUGACCAGCCCCCGUGUCCAGGCAGGGGGUGACCGGCCCCCCUGCGACCGCUGGGGCUGCUCCCCUCCGCCCGGCUCCGAUGCGCUGAGAGCCGCCCGCCCGCAGCCCUGCUCCCAUGGGGAGGGGAGCCCGGGCGGCCGCCGCUGGUGCUGUGAGGGCGGCGCCCUGCUCGGCGGGGGCACCAUGAAGUCCCUGCUCCUCAGCCGCUUCCUCCUGCUGCUGCCCUGGGGGCUCAUCGUCCUCCUCCUGCUGGACACGGACAGCAGCCGGGCGCCGCUCGCGCCCCCCGCCCGGCCCCCGCGGCCGACGGCCCCCCGGCAGCCGGCGCUGCCCCCCAUCUAUGCCAUCACCCCCACCUACAGCCGCCCGGUGCAGAAAGCCGAGCUCACCCGCCUGGCCAACACCUUCCGCCAGGUGGCGCGGCUGCACUGGGUCCUGGUGGAGGACGCGGCCCGGCGCAGCGAGCUGGUGAGCCGCUUCGUGUCGCGGGCCGGCCUGCCCUGCACCCACCUGCACGUCCCCACCCCGCGCAGGUACAAGCGGCCCGGCCUGCCCCGCGCCACCGAGCAGCGCAACGCCGGCCUGGCCUGGCUCCGGCAGCGACACCAGCACCUGCCGCCGCCGCAGCCCGGGGUGCUCUUCUUCGCCGACGACGACAACACCUACAGCCUGGAGCUCUUCGAGGAGAUGCGUACAACCCGCAAAGUAUCUGUGUGGCCUGUGGGGCUAGUGGGAGGUCGACGGUAUGAGCGCCCUGUAGUGGAAAAUGGCAAAGUUGUUGGCUGGUAUACUGGCUGGAGAGCAGACCGUCCAUUUGCCAUUGAUAUGGCCGGAUUUGCUGUGAGCCUUCAAGUGAUUCUGUCAAACCCUAAAGCUGUAUUCAAACGCCGUGGGUCUCAACCAGGAAUGCAAGAAUCUGAUUUUCUGAAACAGAUAACGACCGUGGAGGAGCUGGAACCAAAAGCAAACAAUUGCACAAAGGUUCUUGUAUGGCACACUCGAACAGAAAAGUUGUGUGCUGAGAGUCUGACCUGAAGAGCUUCCUGUCCAUCCUGCCACUGUAUUGGGGGGCUGGCCAAAGCCCAUCACAUUGCUGGAACUAUUGAGAUUCAUGCCAGCCAUUUGCUGAUUCAUCUGUGAAACGCACACACAGUUCUAGUUAGUACUGGUGUUAGAGCACACAAACUUUCUAUCAGCUUGAAACAGUAAAAGGGUUCCUAAACCAAGUCAAUAUAAUGUUAGGGAACAAAAUGGUGGAUUGAUUUGAAUCACUACUUUAAAUCAGCAAGCAGGAAACCUUGAUUUAACUAAUUGAUUUUAAUCAUAUUUUGCAUUUGUACUUUCUAGUCAUUUUCCUAAAGAAAGGCUGAUUCUUAUUAGUUGAUAACUAUUACAACAUGUUAUUUGCAACUAAUAUGGUACUUCUUUUGGCUAACCAGCAAGAAAUAGUGUAUCUAUACAUAUUUAUUUAAACAAUUUUAUAUAGCUUAACUCACCUUUAGAUUCUUCAUUUUUACAUUUUAUGUUAAAAAAUGGUGAAUGAAGUAUUAAUUAGAUGAUAAUUUUUAUUUGUGAUUGAAGGCAAGCCCUAUUUGGAUGGAAAUUCAAAUGUACAAAAAAAGCAUUUUUUUAUUAAAUGAAACGACUGUCAAAAGCUGGUUUAGCACAUCGACAAAGUCUGCUUCCUGGUGUUUGGCCAGUCAAGAGCAUGCCAGGCAAGAAUCGUGUUAAUAUUGUCUUAUCACUAAAACAUUUAUAACUGGAGAGGAAUGAUAAAAUAAUUACAUUGCUGCUUACAUCUAUAACAAACAUAUGAAGUGUACUUUAAGGGGUUAUAUAGAUUUAUUUAAUUACGUUAAUUUGUAAUGUUCUGGUCAGUUUUGCAAUCUGAAAAUGUAUGAAGGUAAACAGCAUGUCUCAGUAUGAAUAAACUAAAAUGUAUCUGAAA